AUGGGACCAGAAGUGACUGUCAAUGGGACUUACACUGUUCAUGACGUGCAUCCCUGCUAUGAAUCAGAUCACACAACUUAUGUAUUUACAAGCAAUCCCUCUAUAAUAUGUGUAUUAUUAUAUAUUGUUCUAGGCUCAUUGUCAUUUAUCACAAUAUGCGGAAACCUUCUUGUAAUCAUCUCCAUUAUUUACUUCAAACAGCUCCACGUCCCUACAAAUUACCUCAUCCUCUCUCUGGCUGUUGCUGAUCUGCUUGUUGGUGUUGUAGUUUUCCCUUUCAGCAUGGCCUUUACUGUAACCUCAUGCUGGUAUCAUGAGGGUUUAUUCUACAGAUACUACGCAGUAUGUCAGCCUCUUGCUUAUAAAACUAAAAUAAAUGAUAAAGUUAUCGGGAUUAUGAUCCUGGUGAGCUGGGGAGUUGCUGCUCUAAUUGGCAUUGGCAUCAUGGUUGCAGGGUUUAAUCAAGGAAAAUGUGAAGAAAGUUGUUUAAUUGAUGCUCUUAUUUCAACCACUCUGGCAUGCAUUUUUUCUUUUUAUAUUCCAGUCAUUAUAAUGCUCUGCAUCUACCUGAAAAUUUUCCUUGUAGCACAAAGACAGGCAAACACCAUUCAGAGCACAACCUGUCAGAGCACAAGGUCUGGAACAGCUGUCAGUAAGAUGGAGAGAAAGGCCACCAAAACUCUGGCUAUCGUUUUAGGAGUUUUUCUCUUAUGUUGGAGUCCUUACUUUUUUUGUAUCAUCUUUCAGCCUUUAACAUAUGAUGUUACACCAAUUGCUGUGAUUGAAACUCUUAACUGGCUCACACUGUCAAAUUCAAUGCUCAAUCCAUUUAUUUAUGCUUUCUUUUACAGCUGGUUCAGGUCAGCUUUCAGAAUGAUCAUUUCUGGGAAAAUAAUUCAAGGCAUCGGUACAAGGUCUGCUCCCUCCAAGCCUUCUCCCUCUUCUUGCUCCAGCUGCUUCAGCAGCUCCCACCUCUCUUUCUGGCUGGGCCUGGAACCGCAGAGGCCCAAACCCCUGCUCCAUAGCCCAGACCACUAA